UCUCGCUGCAUAUUGGUCCUCAACUUCCAGAGGACGUCAUGAAGUUGUUCAUCCUGUUAGCCCUCCUGGGGCUUGGUGCCGCUCAACACAACCCCCACACCAAGCACGGCAGGACGGCCAUCGUCCACCUGUUCGAGUGGCGCUGGGCGGACAUCGCUGCCGAGUGCGAGCGCUUCCUGGCCCCCAACGGCUAUGCAGGAGUUCAGAUCUCCCCUCCUAAUGAACACAUCACACUGACCAGCCCGUGGUAUCCCUGGUGGCAGAGGUACCAGCCCACCGGCUACAACCUGUGUUCCCGCUCGGGUAACGAGAACGAGCUCAGAGACAUGAUCACCAGAUGCAACAACGUCGGGGUUAACAUCUACGUGGACGUGGUGAUCAACCACAUGUGUGGUGCCGGUGGUGGAGAGGGCACCCACUCUUCGUGUGGGGGCUGGUUCAGUGCCAGCAGGAAGGACUUCCCCAGCAUCCCCUUCACCAACAUGGACUUCAACGACCACAAGUGCCGGACGGGCAGCGGCGACAUCGAGAACUAUGGGGACGCCAAUCAGGUGCGUGACUGUCGUCUGGUGGGUCUGCUGGACCUGGCCUUGGAGAAGGAUUACGUUCGGGGCAAGGUGGCUGGCUUCAUGAACAAGCUGGUGGACAUGGGUGUGGCGGGCUUCAGAGUGGACGCCUGCAAGCACAUGUGGCCCGGAGACCUGCAGAACACCCUGGGCCGCCUGCAUAACCUCAACACCAAGUGGUUCUCCGGAGGCUCCCGGCCCUUCAUCUAUCAGGAGGUUAUUGAUCUCGGUGGUGAGCCCAUUACGUCCAGGGAGUACUUCCAUCUUGGAAGAGUGACUGAGUUCAAAUACGGUGCCAAGCUGGGAACAAUCUUCCGCAAAUGGAACGGAGAGAAGCUGUCCUACACUAAAUCCUGGGGAGAGGGAUAUGGUUUCAUGCCCGAUGGCAACGCCCUGGUCUUCAUCGACAACCACGACAACCAGAGGGGCCAUGGCGCCGGUGGUGCCGCCAUCGCCACCUUCUGGGACCCCAGGAUCCACAAGAUGGCCGUGGCCUACAUGCUCGCUCACCCCUACGGAGUUGCCAGGGUGAUGUCCAGCUUCCGCUGGGACCGCAACUUUGUCAACGGAAAGGACCAGAAUGACUGGAUCGGUCCACCAAGCCACGGCAACGGAGCCACCAAGCCAGUUCCCAUUAACCCUGACCAGACGUGUGGAGACGGCUGGGUGUGUGAGCACAGGUGGCGUCAGAUCAAGAACAUGGCAACCUUCCGUAAUGUGGUCAAUGGCCAGCCCCACGCCAACUGGUGGGACAACCAGAGCAACCAGGUCGCCUUCGGACGCGGUAACCGUGGUUUCAUCGUCUUCAACAACGACGACUGGAAUCUGGAUGUGACUCUUAACACCGGCAUGCCCGGCGGCACAUACUGUGAUGUCGUCUCUGGCAACAAAGAUGGCGGGAGGUGCAGCGGCAAACAGAUCCAGGUGGGCGGCGAUGGCCGCGCCCACUUCAAGAUCAGCAACCAAGAUGAGGAUCCUUUCGUUGCUAUCCACGCCGAUUCCAAGCUGUAGACACUUUGUUUAACAAAAGGACCUUCCAAUAAAAUGUAAUCUCACCUUAAA